GGAGAUACACAUCGGAUCCCAGAUAUCUUGCUUGGCAUCUUGUUUGGCAUGCCGCGUGGACUCUUCAUCGGAACAUAUAAAUACUCCUUAAGGGUCACACCAAAAGGUCAAUUCAGAGUGCAGAUCCGGACUAAAGAAGGACUUAUGGUUUGGUCAGCCCAAGGUGGAAACUCGUCUCAGCCUCUUGGACGAGGCCAGGUCCCCAGCAACCUUCCGCCUCAUCCCCCACCCCCAAUCCCAAAUACGUUCGCUCCUGUUGAUCAUGCAGAAGGAGAAGAUGAAAAUCAACCACACAAUUCGUCAGUACUGGCACAAUUAUUGGCCUGGAAUAAUCCUGGUUAUCCACUCAUUAACCUACUUAAUCCUGCUCCACAACCUCCAGCCCCACCACAAAAUCCUGAACCAAUUCAGCAUGCUCCGGCUAUUAGUGAAUCUCAAGGCCAAUCUCACUUUGCGCCAGUUCAGCAACCCUUUCAUGGUGAUGUCACUCGACGUCUAGAUAGCUUAGAAAAGCUAGUGGUUGACCAGCGCGGUGCCCCACCCCCGCACCCUGCUACUGACUCCGUGCCCCAUCCUCUCAACACCAACAUUAUACUGGAACCCUAUCCCGCUGGCUUCAGAAUACCACAGCUUAAAACUUAUGAUGGGACGAAGGACCCUGUUGAUCAUCUACAUGCUUUCUACUCUUGCAUGCAAGCCAAGAACGCCUCUGAUGCGUUAAUGUGCAAAAUCUUUCCCUCUACCCUUCGAGGUAAUGCUCGAACCUGGUACUACAGUCUGCCUCCGAGGUCAAUCAACUCUUACACAGAAAUGGCAUCUGCUUUUGCCACAAAGUUUUCCAGUAGAAGAUUGAUCAGGAAAACCACUUUUGAGCUGAUGCGAGUUAAGCAGAGGGACGGAGAGUCUUUGAAGAAUUUUAUGAGCAGAUUCAAUGAUGCAGUACUGGAGGUUAACUCUUUCGACCAAGCUGUAGGAAUUACAGUUGUGAUCUCAGGUCUUAGCCAUGAGAGAUUCCGAGAUAGUCUGCUCAAACAUCCUUCGAAAACCUUCAGCGAGGUAAAUGAUAGAUCGCUGAAAUUCAUAACUGUUAAGGAAUAUGCCCUGUCGCAGAACCUAACUCCUCUUAAGAACCGACACUCGGACUGGAGAGAUGAGAAUCCGAACAGGAAACGGCUGAGGGCAUCACCGAACCGAGGUCCGAUGUCGACCUCCACCCCGAGAUUCGAACGGCCGAACUCAGCACAACAACCCGCAGGUCCAAUGAGAACUGCUGCUGUUACCAGAGACCAUACUAAGUAUUGUGAUUUUCAUCAAGAUCACGGUCAUACAACAGAGCAAUGCAAUAGUCUGAGGUCCGAGCUGGAAAGUCUUGCGCAGAAAGGAAUGUUGAAUGAGCAAGGUGUGGGAUAUCAGCAAGCCCCACCACCAGCUAGAGUCAUACACAUGAUUACGGGAGGUCUGGAAGCAGGUGGACUGAGCUCUAAGCAGCGAAAGUUGUAUGUCAGAGAGGUUAAGCACCAGAACCGAACUCAGAAGCGAAAAUUUGACGAUGCUGAGUGGAAGCAUCAACCCAUCACUUUCACAUCUGCUGAUCUUGAAACAGUUCUCACACCUCACAAUGAUCCUCUAGUCACUUCUGUCACAAUCAACAAUUGUGAGGUGCAGCGUGUCCUUGUUGACACAGGGAGUGCACCAGACAUCAUGUACUUCCAUUGUUUUGAGAGCCUUGGGUUAGAUCCAACUUUGUUGCAGCGGUAUGAUGGUCCCAUCUACGAGUUCAACAACCAACUAGUUCCAGUUGAAGGAGUCCUCACCAUGAAUGUUGCAUUUGGAAGUGGCCGCAGUUAUGUGACCCUUUCAGUCAGGUUUCUGUUCCCAACUCCUACGGGAAUAGCAACGCUGCGAGGAAACCAGGAGGUGGCCCGGCAUUGCUAUAUCACCUCAGUAACACAACCUCUGAAGGGCAAGGCUCAGACACCCGAGAUUAAUCACAAACAGAUUCCUGAUGAUUGGCAAGUUAUGGGUGUUGAAAUAGUGAAUAACCGACCAGAAGAUGAAACCAGAGCUGCUCCAGUUGAAGAUGUGGAGGAGGUACUGAUUGAUGAUAGAGAUCUGAACCGGAAAACGCAAAUUGGGACUAAAUUGAACCCGAAAGAAAGAGCAGAGCUAAUAGCUUUUCUUCGGGCCAAUAAAGAUGUUUUUGCAUGGACUUUAGCAGAUAUGCCGGGAAUUCCCACUUCAGUUUUUCAACAUAAACUCAGCACCAAUCCCCUCAAGAAACCAGUAGCCCAGAAGCGACACCUCUUCGGGGGGGAGAGGUUAACAGUUAUUAAAGAAGAAGUCGAGAAACUCUUGCAAGCUGGCUUUGUCAGAAGGGUCGAUUACUGUGAGUGGGUCGCCAAUCCGGUGUUGGUGAAAAAGGCGAACGGUAAAUGGCGGAUGUGCAUUGAUUACACUAACCUCAACGAUGCAUGUCCAAAGGACUGUUAUCCAAUGCCAAACAUUGAUAAGCUGGUUGAGGCAGCUUCGGGAAAUGAGAGAUUAAGUCUCUUGGAUGCAUACUCAGGCUACCACCAGGUCCCAAUGGCUCCUGAGGAUGAAGAAAAAACCUCCUUCUAUGCUGGCGAUGAGAUUUAUUGCUAUGUAAUGAUGCCCUUCGGCUUGAAGAUCGUAGGUGCCACUUACUAGAAGAUGGUUACCAUCGUAUUCCGAGCUCAGAUAGGACGGAAUCUGGAAGUUUAUGUUGAUGAUAUAGUGGUGAAGAGUUUGAAAGCUGACGAUCACUUAACCGACCUUGAGGAGACAUUCAACAAUCUCAGACAGAAUAGAAUGAGGUUAAACCC